ACCUCAGUUCAAACUCACUUCAUGUCAUUUCCUUUCCGCCAUGCUGAAAUGCCACAACUGUAGAAGAUAGUCAGAAUGUCAUGCGCACGAGGAGGCCAUACGUGAAACCAUUUUUUGGUGGCGCAGAACAGCCCUACAACUAAUUGCUUACGCAUUCGUCCAAAGCUGCAAAGUAGUAAAGCUGGGCUGUAAGUAUUGAAUUGUAGGCCAAACUAUUCAUGGAGGGAGAAGUUCGUCGCGCUUUAAUCGAGUAAUUACGCCUCACACCCUCUCUCACUCUCAAGUUCGCAACCAAAAUGGUGAAGAGAAAGCAGAGCAAACCCAAUAGGGCGAGGAAUAACAGUAGUCGAACAGUGGAUAGCAAUGGUAUACAUCAUGCUUCCAGUAGCACUAGUUCUGCACCGCUAAAAGCGGAGGAGGGUCAUGAAAACUUUGCAUAUGUAGCCAUUGAGUCAAGCAGCAGUCACGGUGAUGGCUAUUUUGACCUUGCCGAGGUUGUUUUAUGCGAUUUGAAGUUUGGGGAAGGUAUGGCCUCUAAAAAAUGGAUGUCGGUACAAGGUGAGGAUGUGGAGUUCUCUAUUAGAUUGAGAUUAAAUAUGCAACAGUCUCGUAAUGCUAGAGUUGGGUUUUGGCCUUUGAUUCCUGCCAAGGAUGUCUCUGUUGAAUUCUUACUUCCUGCAUCCCCCGAUGGUUGUUCUUGUGAAGAAGAGGUGUUUGAUUCAUCAACCCUUGUUUUAUUUGAGGGAUAUUUUGACGGCCCAGACGAGGGGGUCUCAGGACUUGCUCACCUAAUCAGCCAAGGCUUCAUAACAUUGAGGAUGGCCAGCGAUCAGAAACUUGUAUGUCAAAAUUCAUCUUGCAGAGUCCAAAUAUUGAUUACCAAGAAAGCUUUUGAUGCUUGCAGCAUGCUUUCUGAAAGUUUGAGGCAUUCAUGGAAGAAGAGCAUGGUCAAUGCUAUGUCAUGGUUGCGGCCAGAAGUUGCAACUGACGAAGCUAUUUAUGGGUCUUUUGCGUCAGAAAACAUGGAAGCUAAUUUUGAUCUGUUUUCUCAGUCAGAUGCUAUUGAUGAUUUAGAUAAUCACUUUGAUACAAUUGCCUUCUAUGAAGCCAUAAAAACAUCCAAAGAAGAGCCUAUGUUAGAAGUUAACUUUCCAGAGUUACUUCCUGAACUUCGACCUUAUCAGCGGCGCGCUUCUUAUUGGAUGGUUCACCGUGAGAUGAGCAAAAUCCAAGAUGCAACAACUGAAAAUCAACCAGGAAACAUUAAAAAUCCUCUUUGUGUGGUUGUGAGCUCAAUUAAUUCGCAGUCCAAAAUUUAUUACAACCCCUUCAGUGGCAGUGUGUCAAUGCAUCCGGAAGGUUUCUUAAGUUCUGUCCCUGGUGGAAUUCUUGCAGAUGAAAUGGGUUUAGGGAAAACAGUUGAACUGCUUGCUUGCAUUUUAGCACACCCUCAAACAUCUGCUCAAUCAAAUACUAUUGCCAGAAAGACACACACACGACAAAAUGGGAUAUGUAUUCCCUUGAAAAGGCCAAAAUUAGAACGUGUUGAAUGUGUUUGUGGGUCUGUUACUGAAAGUCACAAGUAUACUGGCUUUUGGGUUCAGUGUGAUGUAUGCGAUGCUUGGCAACAUAGAGACUGUGUUGGAUUUAGAGACAAUGGCGAAGCAAGAGCUAAUAGAAGGGAUGUAGAACUUUCUGAUUCUACACAGAAAUUUUGGAGCUUCGUAAGUAGCUCUAGAAACAUGAGUUCAAAAAGGAGAAAAGCAUCAGUAGUGAAAGAUGCUGCUGAUGUCAUUGAGAUUGAAGAAAAAUUCAUUUGUAAGACCUGUUCAGAAUUGCUUCAAAUUGCAGGGAGUGAAGUGGUUUCAGGUGCAACUCUUAUUGUAUGUCCUGAACCAAUCUUGCAACAAUGGCAGACUGAGAUUUCUCGUCAUACAAAGAGAGGAUUUUUAAAGGUUCAAGUGUAUAGAGGUGUUAAAAACGUCUCAACUCAUUCUCCAUUAGAGGCAAUGGAGACCAGCAUAAAUGAGCUAGCCAAUGCGGACAUUGUUCUAACAACUUAUGAUGUUUUGAAAAAAGACCUUGCACAUGACUCUGAUAGACAUCAAGGUGAUCGGCGUUCCAUGAGAUUCCAAAAAAGGUACCUAGUUGUGCCAACACCGCUGACAAAAAUUCGUUGGUGGCGACUGUGCCUGGAUGAAGCACAGAUGGUUGAGUCUAAUACAGCUGCAGCAACAGAAAUGGCAAUGCGUUUGAGUGCUCAACACCUUUGGUGUGUUACUGGAACCCCUAUACAGCAAAAUCUUGAGGAUAUGUAUGGUCUGUUAAGAUUUUUGAAAGCCGAACCAUUUGAUGAUCAUAGAUGGUGGAGUGAAGUGAUUAAGAUUCCAUAUGAGAGAGGUAAUGUUAGAGCAAAACAAUUCACACAUCAAGUUUUCCGGCAGCUAAUGUGGCGAUCAACUAAAUCACAGGUGUCAGAUGAAUUGAAUUUACCUCCACAAGAGGAGCACUUGUCAUGGUUGAUGUUUUCUCCAAUUGAAGCCCAUUUUUAUAAGCGACAACACGAAAGUUGUGCUGUCAAUGCUCGAGAAUUUAUUGCAAAAUGCAAAGAUGAUGUUUGCAUUAAGUCAAGGCAAUGUGACAAUAAGUCUCAUAUUAUAGGAUCUGAAGCUUCCUAUGAUUCACACCUCACUCAUCGAGAAACUGCAAAGUUGUUGAAUUCACUACUGAAACUUCGUCAAGCUUGCUGCCACCCUCAAGUGGGAAGCUCUGGGUUGCGCUCUUUACAGCAAACUCCUAUGACCAUGGAAGAGAUCUUACAGGUCUUAAUUGGCAAGGCUAAGAAUGAAGGUGAAGAAUCUCUCAGGAAACUCAUUGUUGCAUUGAACGGAAUGGCUGCACUGGCUAUAAUAGAAAAAGAUCUUUCACAUGCAGUGUCACUGUACAGGGAAGCGCUGACAAUAACAGAAGAAUAUCGGGAAGACUUCCGACUUGAUCCUCUGUUAAACCUUCACAUAGUUCAUAACUUAGCUGAAAUAAUUGAUAUGAGUUCAAAUGCUAACACAAAAGGAAAUUUUGGUGGAGAUGAAAGUUCCAUUGGCCCAAAAGAUCAAUCUCCUCCACUAUUUCAAUGUUCUCAAGUUGAGGAUUGCAUGAAAAAGCAGACAGCUGGGGAAAGUGUUGCUAACAGCUCUACCAGACCUUCAGAUCAAUCAAGUCCAAGAUGCAAUCCGUGCUUGACAGAAGAUCCCAGAAUGACAGAUAAGAUCUCAAAUACUAAUCCCCAGAUACAGGAAAUUCCCAGGACUUUGAGGGAUGAUUUCUUGGUUAAAGAGUGCAAUCUCAUUAAAGAGAAAUACAUGCUACAGUUCACUACAAAACUAGCAGCAGCUCGGGAUGAAUUUAGGAGUUCUUACAGUCAGGUUAUGCAAGCAAAGGAGGACUGCCGAUUUGAGGGAGCAGAAAAUUGGUGGUUGGGUGUGCUGGAACUUGUAGUGCAACAAAAGGAUCUUUCAAAGGAUUUGUUGGACAAAAUCCAAGACAGCUUGUCUGGAACUGAUGGAAGAUUAAAUUCAUCUAGGCUUGGCUCACGAUUUCAGGAUAUUAAUGGAUUGAAAUAUAUAGUGCUGAUGGAGUUGGAUGCAUUGGAAAACUCAAGGAAAGUUCUAGUUGAUCGACUUAUGGAUGUUGAUAAGAUAAUGGACAACCCUGAGGAUUCAUAUAUUGAGCGUAUCCGAAGCUGCUCAAAUUGCCAAGCAACUAAUACUGGGAUUUUAUGUUUACAUUGUGAAAUGGAUGAACUAUUUCAGGUGUAUGAGAACAGGUUGUUUUUGCUGAGGACAGGAGAAGAUACAGGAAAUAUUGCAUCUGCUGAAGAGGCACUGAAUUUACAAAAGCAGAGAUCGGCAUUGAAUCGGUUUUUUGGAGGUUUGUGUCAAAAAAGGGAUGUAGAAAAUGAUUAUUCUUCAGGAAUGAAGACAGCUGAUAAGAAUGGAAGGCAACGGCAAUUCAAGGGCCAUAUACAGGUAUCAAGGUCUCCCUCAGAAUUGGAAGUUAUCCUUAAUAUUGUCAAAACCUUUCUCAAGGCACGUGUGAGCAAAGAAAAGAUGUCUUCUGCUAAGAAGCAUCUUCAUGUUUUUGAGGCUAUGCGGAAAGAGUUCACAUUGGCAAGAUCAUUGUCAGUGGUACAAGCUCAAGUGAUGCGUGCUCAUGAUGAACUUAAGAUGGCAAUUUCACGCUUGCGUUUGCAGCAUCCAGGAGAAGAAGUUGGUACCUUGGGAACACUAUGCAAAGAAGACUUGGUACCUACAAGUGUACAAUUAACUGGGGAGAAAUUUGUUGCUUUGACAGAGUUAUCUCGCAUGAAAGGCCAACUUAGGUACUUGAAGGGCUUAAGUCUAUCAAAGCAGAGGCACAAAGUUGUAGGCACUUCAAGUUCUGGUAAAAUCGAGGGAUUCAAGACAUUGGAACAAACUGUAGGUAAAAAUGGCGAGGAAACGUGCCCUGUGUGUCAUGAAAAGCUAGACACUAAAUUUAUGGUGUUUCCAUGUGGACAUCAGUUGUGUUGUAAAUGUAUGGUUACAAUGGUGGAUGUACCAUCUCCUUUAUCUACUAUUCCACAACGCAAGAAGAUUGUAUGUCCUACAUGUCGGUACCAAACAGAUUUUAUAAAUAUUGCUUAUGCCGAUGAUGAUAGUAGUAGGAACUUUAUUGCAGAAAGAAAAAUCAAUGAGCUCCAAGAUGGAGAAAGAUCUGAAUCAUCUUUUACUGUACAGGGUUCAUUUGGUACAAAGAUGGCAGCAGUCACCAGGCGUAUUUUGUGGAUAAAGUUUGUCGAUCCUGAAGCUAAAAUUCUAGUUUUCUCAUGCUGGAAAGAUGUUCUUGAUGUGCUUGAACACUCACUACGUGCAAAUGAUAUAAGCUUUGUCCGAAUGAAAGGGGGAAGCAAUGCAGAUGUCGCAAUCAAGCAAUUCAAAGGAAUUGUUGACCAAGGAGAGCAACCUGUAAGGCAUCAAAAGGAGAAAUAUUUUGAACCGAAGCCAAUUCAAGUUUUAUUAAUGCUUUUUCGACAUGGUGCAAAUGGACUCAAUCUUCUAGAGGCUCAACAUGUGAUUUUGAUUGAACCACUCCUGAAUCCUGCUGCAGAAGCCCAAGCAAUUAAUCGAGUGCACAGGAUUGGCCAAGAAAAGAAAACAUUUGUUCAUCGUUUCAUUGUCAAAGAAACGGUUGAAGAGAGUAUCUACAAGCUGAACAGUAGCAAGCCAGUUGAUCUUUCAGGAACUUUUGGCAACGUCCGCAAAAAAGACCGAUUUUCACUUACCAUCAAAGACAUAGAUUCACUUUUUUCAUGUAGUGGACUUGAGAAAACACAUGAUGAAAGUACAGAGAAUUCUACAGAGGUGUACCCUACAAGAGACCUCAGAGAUUUGCCCCCAGCUGUUGCUGCUGCAAUGGCAGCUGAGAGUAGACACAGACAGGCAGCGAAAAAUGGCAUAUGAGCUGUAGUGAUAAACUAUAAGAGAAGUGCAACCUCUCUGUCUCAGGACAGAUGAAUUGUAAAUUAUUAUGUCCAGAAUAUCCACCAGUAUAGAUAUUUAUAUAUAUUCUGUACAAUGUUUCAUAGACAUUUGUAAAGUCAUAUUUCCAUGUUAGUUUCCUGGGUUUUUAAAUCCUUUAUUCAUUCAUACAAUGAUUGAUUAAUUUGCAUUGGGCCAGCAACUAGAUCUUCGUAUUAUGGUACCGAUAAAUGCAACAUUUAUCUUUUCUUAUGGUAUUUACCCUCUGUUUGCUUCUCAGCAAUCGAAUAGGGAAUUUUAUUGACAUUGAAAAUGUGGUCUACAUAAACCUCUUAUUUUUAUUCGAAGAUUCUUCUUUCUUGUUGUUGUA